AUAAUAUGGGGUUGUUUGUUUGUCCGGGCCAGAGCGCUGUGGACGCUGCUGGCCGUCCUGCCCCAUACCAGACACCAGAUGACGCUCUUGUCUUACUGUCCUGCCCUUUUUUUUGCGCUAAAGAUCCCUGCCUGGUCCUCAACAACCAACAGCUCAAAGUUUACCGGACACGUUUCUCCAAUUCAUCAAUGAGAGUAUCAACGCCAAUUUAUGACUGGCCAACAUGCGCACGUGAUCCCAUACAAAUACCCCAUAUUUGGGCAGCGCGCGUCGGAUCAAGAAUUAAAAAAAGAUACCAAAGCCUACUCCACCUAUAAAUCCUGGAAUAUUUUUUUAAGGCAGACAGCUUUGCAUUUUUCAAAAGCGGCUACAAAGAAACGCAAUGAUCAACAAAAACAAGGAAAUAAGCGCAACAACCAGCCCGCAGCCCGCUGCAGCUUAAAAAAGAAAGUAUCGCUGAUUGUUGAAAAUGAGCUCGUAUGUUGACAGCUGCAAUCUCAGGCAAACAAGCGAGACAACUUCUCCCAACACAAUGUUUAGUUUCGAUCUUUCCGGGCGCGCGUCCAGCCGCUUUGAGGGUGUCAAUGUGAGCGGGAUAUUUACUUGUCCCGUCCCCACGACCUCCGCCGAACGGGAGGAGGUGAAAAGUAGCCUGCGUGGCAACGCGGAUACUCCUCUGCCGCCGGGACCACAGAUAACCAUGGUCUCCGGCAGCUCGUCGGAGAACGCGAGCGCCUUCGGCUACGGCGGCGGCACGCUGCUGGGACUCGGGGCACAAGGAGACGCGGAGAGGGGCGCGAAAUCCGGCGGAAACCAGAGCCAAGAGGGCGAGAGGGACGCGGUGAACGCGCAGGCGGUGAAACGACACAGCGCGAGUGCGAGCCAGCUUCAGGACAGCGAGCAGCAGCCACAGAUUUAUCCAUGGAUGACAAAACUGCACAUGAGCCACGAAUCGGAGGGUAAACGUUCCAGGACCAGUUACACCCGCUACCAGACUCUGGAGCUGGAGAAAGAGUUUCACUUCAACCGCUACCUGAGCCGCCGCAGGCGCGUAGAGAUCGCCCACACCCUGUGUCUAAACGAGAGGCAGAUCAAAAUCUGGUUCCAGAACAGACGAAUGAAGUGGAAGAAGGACUCAAAGGUCAAAGUGAAGGAAUAAAAGGGGACCAGAGGGUGGGUGCAUGCAGCACGUUUUCAUCCCCUCGCUGCAACAGUGCUGGAGUGCCGCCUGACCUCCGGAUGAACUGCUAGGAGCAAUGACAUCAUGACACCGCGCCGUGCGCUUCAUCACCAAUUAUGUGUCACUUGCUGCGGUUUGGGACCUAACGUAUUGAAUAUCCCUCACGUUGAUCAAUCGGUUUACAUUUCUAAAUGAAUUUGGUGCCCAUGCGAUGAUAACCUCACUUUGCUGCACGAAGAGGACAAGAGGUUGGGGGGGUCGCCCAAUUCUGCACUGCGCUGCAAGUCUGCACAAUGCUCAGCGUUCUUAAUUUGGAUGACGACGGUGGAGGCGGUCUGAUAGCGUGCGACAUUUCCAACUCUGUCUCCACAUCAUCUGAUAAAAAAUGUAUGUCAACAACUCAAAAUAAAGACAGAAAUACUCACUGCGCUGUGAGCAACAGUGAGAUUUUCCCACCGGUCAAAGACACCCUCUUCCACCUUUUUCAUUUUCUUUUUUAAUCCACCCUCUAAUAUAUCGCAGUGGUUGAAUGUGUUGUAUGUCCAAUGAGCUAAUGUCUCCGUGAAGGCACCACCCCUGUUGUCCGUCAUAUCAUUGUGAACCUAAAUCGUAUUGUGUAAUUCAGCGACUGCGUGUGAAAAUAUUGUGAUGUGCAAUGAAGCCAUUUCUCUCGCGCUCUGUAAAGGUGGCUGCUUUACAAGAGGCCCAGAACAACUGAUAGGUGGCUUAAUUGUCCGUUAUAACCAAUAAAGUCUCGUCACUAACAUAAA